CAGCGAGUUCACACUGGAGAGAGGCUGUUCGCUUGCUCAGACUGUGGGAAGGGAUUCACUUCUUCGUCCCAACUGAAGGUACAUCAGCGAGUUCACACUGGGGAGAGGCCGUUCACCUGCUCAGAAUGUGGGAAGGGAUUCACUCAGUCAUCUAAACUGAAGGUACAUCAGAGAGUUCACACCGGGGACUGGCCGUUCACCUGCUCAGACUGUGGGAGGGGAUUCACUUCUUCGUCCCAACUGAAGGUACAUCAGCGAGUUCACACUGGGGAGAGGCCGUUCACCUGCUCGGACUGUGGGAAGGGAUUCACUUACUCGUCCCAACUGAAGGUACAUCAGCGAGUUCACAGUGGAGACAGGCCAUUCACCUGCUCAGUCUGUGGGAAGGGAUUCACUCGGUCAUCCACCCUAAUGGCACACCAGCGGGUUCACAAAGGGGAGCAGCCGUUCACCUGCUCAGAAUGUGGGAAGGGAUUCACUUGCUCAUCUAAACUGAAUGAACAUCAGCGAGUUCACACUGGAGAGAGGCCAUUCACCUGCUCAGACUGUGGGAAGGGAUUCAGUAAAUCAUCUGACCUACUGAGCCACCAGACAGUUCACACUGGCGAGCGGCCGUUCACCUGCUCAGACUGUGGGAAGGGAUUCACUUGCUCAUCUGAACUGAAGGUUCAUCACCGAGCUCACACUGGGGAGAGGCCGUUCACCUGCUCAGACUGUGGGAAGGGAUUCACUCGACCAUCCCACCUACAGUUGCACAGGUCUGUUCACACUGGGGAGUGGCCGUUUACCUGCUCAGUCUGUGGGAAGGGAUUCACUUGCUCAUCUAAACUGAAGGAACACCAGAGAGUUCACACUGGAGAGAGGCCAUUCACCUGCUCAGACUGUGGGAAGGGAUUCACUUCUUUGCCCCAACUGAAGAUACAUCAGCGAGUUCACACUGGAGAGAGGCCAUUCACCUGCUCAGUGUGUGGGAAGGGAUUCACUAAAUCAUCCUACCUACUGAUCCACCAGUCAGUUCACAAUGGCGAGUGGCCGUUCACCUGCUCAGACUGUGGGAAGGGAUUCACUCAGUCAUCUAAACUGAAGGAACAUCAGAGAGUUCACACCGGGGAGUGGCCAUUCACCUGCUCUGAAUGUGGGAAGGGAUUCAUUAAAUCAUCCCACCUACAGUUGCACAGGUCUGUUCACACCGGGGAGAGGCCGUUCACCUGCUCAGACUGUGGGAAGGGAUUCACUUGCUCAUCUAAACUGAAGAUACAUCAGCGUGUUCACACCGGGGAGAGGCCAUUCACCUGCUCAGUGUGUGGGAAGGGGUUCACUUGGUCAUCUGAACUGAAGGUACAUCGGCGAGUUCACACUGGGGAGAGGCCGUUCACCUGCUCAGACUGUGGGAAGGGAUUCACUAAAUCAUCUCACGUACUGAGACACCAGUCACUUCACAGUGGCGAGCGGCCGUUCACCUGCUCAGACUGUGGGAAAGGAUUCACUUCUUCGUCCCAACUGAAGGUACAUCAGCGAGUUCACACUGGAGAGAGGCCAUUCACCUGCUCAGACUGUGGGAAGGGAUUCACUUGCUCAUCUAAACUGAAGGAACAUCAGAGAGUUCACACUGGGGAGAGGCCGUUCACGUGCUCAGAGUGUGGGAAGGGAUUCACUAAAUCAUCUAACCUCCUGAGCCACCAGUCAGUUCACACUGGCGAGCGGCCUGCUCAGACUGUGGGAAGGGAUUCAGUUGCUCAUCCCAACUGAAGUUACAUCAGCGAGUUCACACUGGGAGAGGCCGUUCACCUGCUCAGUGUGUGGGAAGGGAUUCACUAAAUCAUCUAACCUCCUGAGCCACCAGUCAGUUCACACUGGCGAGCGGCCUGCUCAGACUGUGGGAAGGGAUUCAGUUGCUCAUCCCAACUGAAGGUACAUCAACGAGUUCACACUGGGAGAGGCCGUUCACCUGCUCAGUGUGUGGGAAGGUAUUGACUCAGUCAUCUCAUCUACAGACACACAGGCGAGUUCACACAGGAGAGAGGCCGAUCAGCUGCUGAGACUUUGGGAAGUAAUUCUAUCAGCAAAAUCAACCAAAUGUGCAUCAUUGAGUUCACAGUGGGGAGAGGCCGUUCACCUGCUGUGAAUGUGGGGAGCGAUUCACUCAGGUCAUUUAACCUUAUGUAACUCUUGCUUCAACUAGCAACUUAAUAUAGGGGGUGAUAGCCCCUGAGCUUGGCCAACCCUAAGAAAUCUCGUUUGUGUGAAUGCUGCAUGAUGUGUCCCCUGUUACAAAUCAGUACCCCAAAAAUAACAAAUGGUACACAAUAUGCGAUUAAACAAUUGAGCUAUUUAAUUCUUACUUUGACUAUGGGAUUAGUAAAGGAAACAAAUAAAGGUAAAAGGGCCCUUUCUCUCCAUUUGUGUCUUCUCAUCUCUCCCUGGCAAAAGACCGUGAAAAUCUACCUUCCAGACUCACAGGAAAGGACAAUAUCUCUAUCAUUGGAUAGCUAGGCACUCCAAAACCCUGUUAUUUCUAGUCAUAAGCUAAACAUUGCUGCUGCAGAGAAAUCAUUAGCUCAGCAGUGAAAUAUAACACAGACACCAUUACAUUAGCAGUGAAAUCUCACAGCCUGUUACAUUUGUGACACACUACCGGCUUCACACAGCGGAAAAAGUUUCAAUAAGUUGCAUGCUGGAUAUUUGUCCAUCACUGUUGCUAAAGCUAUUUUGAGAGUGACUAUCAGUGCUGAACUCUGCAAUUAUUGCUGCUGCUCACCGCAUUCAGUUCUGGGCACAGGAGGAGUUUCUUCUACUGCAUAUUCACCUUUAAUGGGACUGGAGUUUAAUAUUGACGGGGGUGGAGUGUGGCCAGUAAAGAAGUGGAGCUUUGAGGCUUUGGCUCAAGUAGUUUUGGCAGAUGGAUUGUGCAAUCAAGUCAAUCAAGAUGUGAAUAGCUCCUGGAGGCUGCGCCUGUCUGUGAAUGGAGUAACAUCAAUUUCUGAGCUGCUCCUAGUUUUGUCCCUUUCCCCCUAGUUUAAACCGAAUUUAAUAUCUUGAGUUGCUGAUUCUUGAAGGGGAACAAUGUGUCUUUGAGGAGUGGGAAGUACUUGUCUGAACCUAGUGAUAAAGGCAACGGGAAAAGAAAGAUGCAACAGGAAGGAUCUGAUGAAAUGCCAUUGUGGGCUGAAGAUAUGGCUUUGAAACAGUUCAUUUAAAGACUAACUUAAAAAGAAUAGUAAUGAAAUGAUGUCAUUUCUGGGAAAACUUAAGGAUCUGGAAGCUCAAGUCACUACACACAAAGAGGAAUUGAAGAUAAUUAAGCAAAAAUUGCUUGAAAGUAAAAUGAAGUAAAACUCGUUUGGAAAGAUAUCUAAAUAAGAUUAUAGACCUCGAAACUAGGUCUUGCCGAAGGAAUAUACAAAUUGUUGGGCUGCAGGAAGGAGUUGAAAAUGGAGAUUUAACUGCUUACAUUGCUUUCAGUUAGUCUUUCAAAUUCGAAGAUGCCAUCCUUGCCCACCCACCUUGGCACCUGUCUCAGACAUCAUUGCAGAAUUCAGACUUUGUUUGCUUCAUUGAGAAACAGGUAAAAUAUUUUUUUUCUUUUUGAUGUUUUAGGGGGUACAUCUAAAUUAAUCAUAUGGGAUACAUUUAGAGCAUUUUAAGGUGGUCAGAUCAUUUCUUAUUCUAACCUGAAAAAAACAGACUAAAUUAGAAUUAGAUAUGAUUACAAAACAAGUUAAAGUCCGAUAAUACUUAUGCAAUUUCCCGUAAUAUUGACUUAUUUAAACAAAGGAUGAAACUUAAAUCACAAUAUAAUUUAUUAUUAACUCAUCCUAUUGAAGGCUAUUUGCUUAAGCUAAAAAGUCAAUAUUAUAUGUUUGAGAUAAAAAUAAUAAACUGCAUGUCAAUUAAAAACGGCCAGAGCCAAAAGGCAAAUUUUGAAAAUCAGUAAGGAAGUUGGUACCCUUGCUUGGGAAUAUGAAGACAUUAAUAAGAUUUUUAUACUGAACUUUAUAAAUCUAAAUUUCCAGUCGAUUCUUCUAAAAUGAUUUUUUUUUACGAAAUAUUGUUUUUCCUCGAAUUUCUGUUAAGAAUCAAAUAUCUCUUGAUGCCCAAAUUACCAAAGCCAAAAUUCAUAAAGCUAUUUUUUCAAUGCCAUCUGGUAAGGCCCCUGGACUUGAUUCGUAUCCUGUAGAAUUUUAUUAAAAAAUUGGAAAAUUGCUCUCUCCGUAUAUGUAGGAAAUGUUUAAGGACUCUUUUGUGAAAGGUGAUUUACACUUUGUUUUUUAUGACACUUCUAUUGCUUUAAUUCUUAGAAAGGAUAAAGGUCCUUCUGAUUGUGCCUCAUAUAGACCUAUUUCAUUAUUGAAUGUUGACGCUCAGAUCCUGUCAAAGAUAAUGGCCAAUUGGUUGGAAACUUUUAGGGUAAAGUUAUUUUUAAAGAUCAAACAGGGAUAAACGGCCGUUAUUCCUUUUCAAAUGUUUGGAGAUUAUUUAACAUUAGAUACCCAUCUUCUGUUAAAACUCAGUAAUGUGUCAUCUCUUUCGAUGCUGAAAAAGCAUUCAAUCGAGUUGCAUGGAAAUAUUUAUUUAAUGUUUUCGAGAAAUUUGGUUUUGGUGUUAAUUUAAAUAAUUGGAUUAGAAUGAUAUAUAAAACUCCUAUUGCCUCUGUUAUUACUAAUAAUUGUAGAUCUCUUUUUUCAGCUUUCACGGAGGACAAGACAAGGUUGUCUAUUAAGUCCUUUGUUAUUUAAUUUAAAAUUAGAAUCCCUUGGUAUCACUCUUCGUGAAGCUAAAGAUAUUCAUGGGAUUCUUGUGAAGGAGAUUUCUGUUUACGCUGACGAUUUUCUGGUUUAUGUAUCUAAUCCAGAGGAAUCUCCCUGCCUUGCUGAAUUUAUUUCAUGAAUUUGGAGAUUUUUCAGGAUAUAAAAUAAAUUUUAAUAAAAAUGAACUAUUUCCUUAAUGAAUCUGUUUCUGAAUAUGAUAAUACUCCUUUCAACAUUAUGGAUUUUUUUAGAUAUUUAUGUGUUAUAAUCCCUAAAAAAAAAUAAGGAUCUUUACAAAGCUAAUUUUGUUCCCUGAGUAGAUUCUAUGAAGUAUUUAUUUAGUGGAUGGAACCCACUUACAUUUUCACUUGUUGGUCACAUCCUUAUAGUCAAAAUGCUGAUUUUACCAAAAUUUUAAUAUUUUCUGAAUAUCCCUGUUUUUUUGAUGAUGUGUUUUUGAUCGGAUUGAUUCUAUUAUCUCAUCUUUUAUAUGAAAUGAUAACAGAACAAGAAUUAGUAAAUGUUACUUACAAAAAUUGAAAAAGGAUGGAGGUCUUACUUGGCCUAAUUUAAGAAUGUAUUACUGGGCUGUUAAUGUGCAUUGUAUGUCCUUUUGGUUACACUGGGUUGAUAAGAAUGAACGGCCAAUUUGGGUUGAUCUGGAAUUGAAAGCUGUGAAACUGUUUUAUUUAACCUCGGUAUUGGGAGCUGCUUUACAAUUGGCUAAAGUUGCUAAUUUAAAUUUAUACCCUCUGAUUAAGUAUUCUUUACAAAUUUGUCUCCAGUUCUGUAAUUUUUUAAUCUAAAAAAAUUAUAC